CAUUUAGAACCAUCUUCUCAUCAAACUGUUUAAUAACUCACAAAGAAGAAGAGAACUUUUCAUCAUGAAGAAUACUCAACGUCAGUUAUCUUCAUCGUUCAUGAAACUCUGCAAGCAACUCUCCUCAGACAGCAAUGGUGAAGACAAGAACAGAGACUUAGCCGCUGUUUUUGCAUGCAUGGAUGCAAACAGAGACGGCAGAAUCUCUGCAGAGGAGCUUAAGAAGAGUUUCAAUACAUUGGGAGAGCAACUGUCCGAUGAAGAAGCCGAAGCUGCGGUUAAACUGUCUGAUUUAGACGGAGAUGGGAUGUUGGAUUUUGAGGAGUUCGCUCAGUUGAUCAGAGUGGGUGAUGAGUUUACAGAGGAAGAGAAGAAGAGCAAGAUAAUGGAAGCGUUUAGAAUGUACAUUUCUGAGGGAGAAGAUUGCAUCACUCCAAGAAGCUUGAAGAUGAUGCUGAUGAAGCUAGGUGAGUCUAGAACUACUGAUGAUUGUGUAGUCAUGAUCAAAGCUUUUGAUCUUAAUGCUGAUGGAGUUUUGAGUUUUGAUGAGUUUGCACUUAUGAUGAUGCGUUAAAGCACUAGCCCCUAUCCAAUGUUGUUGUGGCUUUGUUUGUUUCUUUGUUUACAAGUAGGCUUGUAAAUAUAUAUAUAUGGCUUUGCAAGUAAUAAACUCCAUUCUCUGUUCAAAAAA